AUGGAGACCAACACUGCCAACGCAUCCAGUCCAGUCCUACAGAUGCCUCAGCUCCCUCGGACAGAUGAAGGGAGACGCAUGUGUCAAGUCAUUAAAGUCAAGCCAGAGGCAUUGGACGAAUACAAAAGGGUCCAUGCGGAAGUGUGGCCAGAAGUGCUAGGAGCAUUGAGAAAGGCCAAUGUCGUGGAUUACUCGAUCCACUACUUUGAACCGCUCAGCUUGUUGAUUGCUCAUAUGCGAUACGUCGGUCCACACGCAGAAUUCAGAAAGAAGAUGCAGGAAAUCUCAGAGAAUGAAGCAACCAGGAGGUGGUGGAAGAUGACUGACGGAAUGCAAGAGAGUUUCAUACCGGGUGCUACUGGCUCUGAAGAUCCCAAAGGCUGGUGGUCAGGAGCCGAGGAGGUCUUUAGAAUGGAGGGAUAA